AUGCAAAAACCGGUGCCAAGGGAAAAGGUUGUCCAGAUUUAUGAGAAGUUGUUUGCGGGACAAGAUAUCACAUCUGGAAGGGCUGGAUUCUGGGAUGAAUUCUUUUUACUUAGAGUCAAUAUCAAAGCCCUUCUUUCCUACUUUGACAAAUUGUCACACGAUUCUAUUGUGAACUUGAAGCCCCAUCUUAACCGACUCUAUGAGGAGUGUAUCUCAAAUUCUUUCAAAACCAAUCACUGGCAGCGCGUAGCUAACGCCCUGCAGACCGCAGACUGCCUCAUGCUGGGCUCAUUUCAAGCCAAAAAUGUUACCCUUCCACCAGAAGAUAGACUGCAGCUUUUGAUAUCUAACGAAUAUUCACCCUCCGCGAAUGCUGAUUACACAGAACUGUAUUCAGCCAGUUUCAUUAAUGACUGGCCACCGCUUCUUCAGGAACUUGUAAUUAAUUCGUUAACUAUUCACUGUGUGCUAAUGGACAAUGUGACUGAUAAUCCAAUUUUUGAGUGGUUGGUGGAUGAGAGCCUUUUCGAACUUCUUGGAACACUCAUCAGCAAUCCCUGCUUGAGACGCAGAUUUGGUGUUGGUGCCUGCCGUCUCCUCGGACUCAUCUCACAGUAUCAAUGGAAAGAGUAUUCAAGUGUUUUGCCGAAAACAGUUCAGCUUGAAUUUCAGAGUGGAAAGGAGGAUUGGGGACGCCUAGUUGGCAGCUGUGAAGACGUUGAAAGAGAUCCGUCAGAUUCAACGUGUCACGAAAUUCGUAUCGGUUCUUUACUUUAA